UUGAGCAUUGAGCUGUCAAAUAGUGGAUAGAGGUUAAGUGAACAAUUUUCAAAAUAUGUUUUAGUAAUUUUCGAUUUAUUUCUGAAAUGAACACCUUAGGUUUAAGUAUUAUUAUGAAAAUGGGCUGUAUAUGUUCCAAAGAAGUCAUAAACAUAAACGGUGUAAGAUAUGUUGUAAAGGAUCACCUUGGUGAUGGGGGGUUCUCAUCCGUUCAUCUGGUGGAGAACGCAUCAACGAAAAAACUGUAUGCCCUGAAAAGGAUAAAAUGUCACAGCGUAGAUGACCAAAAAGUGGCCAUGCAAGAAAUAAAUUAUUGUAAAAAGAUUAAACAUCCAAAUAUAAUAGGACUCAUAGAUUCAUCCUUCAAGGGUACUGCUGAUAUUGUGAUGAACGCAACAUCGGAAGCCUUCCUGGUCUUGCCAUAUUUUUCUUUGGGAACUCUCCACGAUUACCUAGCCGUUAGAUCGUUUACUAAGAAUUACCUAGAUAUCAAAGACAUAUUGAGACUCUUCAGUGAGAUAUGCCAAGGAGUGAAGUAUCUGCAUAAUUUUAGCCCAGAACCGUUGGCUCACAGGGAUUUGAAAACUGCUAACGUUUGUUUAUCAGAAGGGAUGGUGCCUGUUAUAAUGGAUUUAGGUUCCUGCGCGCCAGCUAAAGUUCAAAUAUGCGGUGCCCAAGAUGCGCAGAAACUGCAGGAUCUGGCCGCAGAAAGGUGCUCCAUGACUUACAGGGCGCCAGAACUGUUCCACGUCGAAAGUUACUGCGUUAUAGAUCAAAGAACUGACAUAUGGAGUUUGGGUUGCGUAAUGUACGCAUUGUGCUAUUUCAAAUCGCCCUUUGACGUUGUCCACGAGAGGGGAGACUCUGUUAAUUUAGCAGUGAUAUCUGGCACAUUACCGCUUCCAGAAGAGGGACCAUUCAAAGAGAAUGUUCAUGAUUUUAUCAAAUUCAUGAUGGAAGUCAAUCCUUCUGAACGCCCUUAUAUUGACAGUGUGAUAGAAAAAUUACAAGUGCUGAGAAAUGAGGUUGACGCUAUUGUUUAAGAGUGAAA